AUGGUCCUACCGCCUUAUCCCACGUGUUUACAGCCGCUGGUGGAGGUGCGAAAGGCAUCGCUUCAGCUGCGGAGAUUCUACAGAAUAUACGGCACUGGUCCAAGACCCUUCGACUUGUCUCGGUCAAACUACAAAUCUACAUGCCAGAGGUUUGUUGAGAAAUACAAUGAACUGAAAGGAGAAGGAAAAAUAGAAGAGGAAAAAUUGUUUGAAGAAACAGGAAAAGCUCUUUUAGCCAGUGGGAUAAUUUUACAGCGAAAAGGAACAGAUAAAGUAGCACAACAGGAUCAUCAAGAUUCCAUGUUACACCUGCAGCUUCAAACUGUGUUGGAAGAGAUGCAGGAAAAGAAGAAAGAUCAGGAGGAGCAGAUGCCAGAGUUGGCAGAAACGCAGAAGGAGAACCCCUUGCCCUCCUAA